AUGUCUACUUCUCUGCGCGCCGUCUACACCUCCCCUCAAGAUCCCCCUUCCCGCUCCUUCGAGCUCCAGAUCGUCUCGCCGCCUCCCGUUUCGUCCGAGGCUUCUCCAGAAAACGCCAAAGCUAAGGUCGCCUAUCUGUCAGAACUGCGGAAACUCGCCUCGACCAUGCAGAACGACAUCAAUGUCUUCCUGACGGCCCGGAUGGAGGAGGAUAAGAAGGCCGCAGAAGCCCAGGGUCGCAAGAUCUCCGAAAAGGAAGACCAAGAGGAGGCGAACUAUGGAGAAGAGGUCGUCGAGGAAGACGCAUAA